AUGCCGAAAAUAUCAUCAAUGAAAUAUUACGCUGUUGCUAAAGAAAGAAAAACUGGAAUUUUUCUAUCAUGGAAAGAAUGUGAAGAAUAUGUAAAAGGAUGUCCUGGAGCUUUGUAUAAAUCAUUUUAUACAAAGAUCGAGGCACAAGAUUUUAUAGAUCAACAAAAUAUUGAAGUUAAAGACAAAUUAAAUGUUUGGACCGAUGGAUUUUGUAAAAGAAAUGGAUUAUCAGAUGCUGUUGGAGGCAUUGGAGUAUUUUUUAAAGAUAAAGAUCCGAGAAACUUGUCUGAACGACUUCCAGGUGAACAACAAACUAACAAUCGUGCAGAAAUAUAUGCAGCAAUCAGAGCUCUCGAAAUUUGCGACAAAAAUGAAAAUUUAAUAAUUAAUACUGAUAGUUUCUAUGUUAUUAAUUCUCAUAAUGUUAAAAAACCCAAAAAAAAUUUUGAUUUAGUCAAUAGAUUUAAUGAUUUAAUCAAAGAACGUAAAGGCAAAACAUAUUUUAAAUAUGUGAAGGGACAUAGUGGUAUUUACAGAAACGAACAAGCCGAUAGGUUAGCAUAUUUAGGUUCAAAAAACCCGGCUAUUGAAUUGACUUUACCAGAAC